AACACUUAUUGAUAAUAGUUCUGGCUUUGGUCCAAGCUUAUUUCAAGUUAUUAAUGGUACAGAGGCCUACCAACUACCAAAUACAACGUUAGAAAUCCCAGCACCAGAAUCAUUUUGCUUGCCUCCUAUAUACGAAUUAGACAUUUCGGUUCCGCACUUUGUAUUGAGGCGUCGUAACGCAAUAGUAGAAGCUGUAUUGGAAACUCCACUCGUUUUCUAA